UCACCCGAACGCACGCCUUCGCCCGUCGCGUUUAAGCGCGUCUAACCUCCAACCACACUCGGACAGAACGCAGCAACCACUGCAACACUCGCCGUGCUCACAAAGCACAACCUUGCUCGACCCCUUCAUUAUUCAACGACACCGCACAACAGCCAGGAUGGCGCACUACACAGAUAAUAAUGAGGAUCGACCAAGUUAUGGAUAAUGGAAACGUUCAAGAAAUAAAUCGACAAGAACAUUUAUCACACAGACAAAUAAAUAAUAGAAACUGGAAAUAUUCAAAUAAUCACACAGAAAAUAUCUACCAUAGUGAAACCACACAAAACAAUGUUAAUUCGAAUUACAAGCACGAAAAUAGUGAUGUAUACUUAAAAAACAACAUUGCAAUCUCGAAACCUGUAGAAGAAGAAGUCACCCCGACUACAAACCUAGUAAUAAAACAAGUGUAUAAUAAACAGUAUCGAAUAAACACCCAAAAUAACUUAAUUAAUCUAAAGACAUACAAUACGAACGAUUCUCAAAUACUCGAAAGAAGCAUUGUUACUCCCGAUACCCCUAGUGAAAAGCUUAUAAGAGAAACUAAUGUAUAUUCAAUUUCAUCGUUUGGUGAAGAAGAAAAGCCAUUCGAACAAUCUGACGCAGAUGAGAUGUCUGAAAACGGUGUGCAAUCUUUACCAAGAGGCAUAGUGAAUCCAAACUAUCCUGGCUUUCAACAUCUAGCGCACACCUUACAGGAUUACUCAUCAAAUAUAGACAAUUUUUAUCAUUCUGAAAAUGAUAUGACGGACGAUGAUGUCGACGUAGAAAUUACAGAAUUAUCAUAUGAUUGUGAAGCUUAUCAUAACGGUACCACAAUAGAAAAUAAAAAUAUAAAAAAUAACAACAAUAAUAAUGAACAAUUACUACAAACUGAUUUAUAUUCAAAUACUAAACAAUUAGAUAGUCACGUUAAUAAUGAAGUCCCAGAUCUUAUAAAAACUGUAUCAAAAAAUAAUAAUAAUGUCGAUGUAACAGUCGAUUGCGAAUUCAACUGUUCAGAUACAGAUAUAGAAAAUAAUUUUAAUACAAAAGAUAUAAUUGGAGACUUUAAUAAAGAAAUAGAGGAUGAAAUUAGACAAUUAUUAAAUUAUAACAUUAAUAUUCAGGAUGAUUUAGAAGAGUUGAGGAAAGAUAUAAAAGAUUCUUUUGCAAAACCAAUAGAAAGCACUAUUAAUAAUAUAAGUGAUGUGGUAAAUCAUGUCAUAAAAAAGUUAGUUGAAACUCAGAACGAUGGCAAUGAACCGAGUGAGAAGGAUUUUAUUACAAGUGAAUGCGAUGACGAUAUUGCAGUUAUAAAUAGAGAUAAUGAAACAAAUACAAAAACUGAAAUGAAUCUCAGCAGACCAACCUUUUUACUUAUCGAAAAUAAUACUCACACCAAAAUUAUCGAUGCUCAUUUAUCGGAUGGGAAAGAUGAAAUAAAUAUUUACGAAAAUGAAUACGAUACUGAUAAAUUAACCAGUGAUGUAGAUACAACAAUAAAGCAACUUAGUACUGAGUUAAGAAAAAUAAUUCCUAAACUAGAUGAAAUGCGAGAAAGAGACAAAUUGUGGGCCAUCAAUAACACCGAUCCUAUAACAGAUGUGACUGAUGGAAACUCUAACAAAGUUUCUACUACAUCAAAUUGUGCAGUUCUAGUUGGUUGUAGAGAAAAUCAAUUAGAAUUUUCUGAAAAUGAUACAACUUUGCUUCCAGAGAGUGUGAGAAAACCAAGACAAAAAUCUGAAACAAGAACACCAAAAAAUCGACACAAAGAAACAAAUUCUUCGAGGGAUCCUGCACGCACAGCUCAAAACACAUCCGUCCAAAAAACUAUUGCGAAAGAUAGUGAUUUAGAAUGCUUCGACGUUUACAAUAUAGAGACAGCUUUGCCUAAAUUAGAUUUGGAUGCUAUUGAAAAUCAUUUAAGAGCAGCAAAGGAAGCAGAGAGGCGGAAACGCAAUGAUAGGGAAGAAAUUAGAAGACGCCUGGCAAUGGGGGCUGAUAAUGAUGAAUAUUAUAGUAUGGGGCAUACAGACCGUCCAGGGAAGAAACCAAGUUUACAUUCCCGGCUCCAAAAUGGUAUGAAUCUCCAAAUUUGUUUCAUGAAUGAAACAGCUUCAGAUAAUGAAUCACUAGCAUCAGACAUAGAAAAAAACUACAAUAGCAGAAGUUCAUCCCGGUCAAGUGUUUUCAGCAAAUCUAGUUAUAAUCAUCCUUAUCAAACAAGGCCACUGUCUGUGAAUAUCACUAAACAAGAUAAAAUAAACAGUAUACAGAAUGGCGCAAAGCUACGCCCAACAUCGUUAUCUGUGAAAUCAAAAUCUCGGUCAUCACAUUCUUUGGGACACAUAGAGCUCAAGGAGUCUGACUUCUAUGCCUUGCAAGCAACACUGCAGACCGAGGCUAGAAUUGCUCUCGCGCAGGCAAAAGAGAUGGCACGAAUACAGAUGGAGCGUGAACGGCGAAGUCGGCCCGUGUCGCCAGUGACAGAAAUGUUGCGACGCAGCAUGGAAAAGGCGAGCGCCCCUCUCGCGCCCGACCGCCGCCGCGUGUCGAGACAGCUGCUCACCGACAUGAACAUCGCGCAGUUGCAGGUUAUAGUAAACGAGCUACACUCGCAAAUCGAGUCCUUGAACGACUCGCUGGUGAAACUACUGAUGGCGCGCGACGAGCUGCACAUGGGGCAGGACUCCAUGCUCGUAGACAUCGAGGACCUCACGCGCUAUCUAGGCGUCAAAGAGCAGACAAAGAAGACCAAAGGCACUACAAAGUCAGGAGUGAGAAGGUUCACCUCAUUGGUGCACAAAUAAGGUGCACGCCGUUAGACUAUAAUUACAAUAUAUUUAAUAUUAGCUAAUAAAAGUGUAGACGUGAUUAUUGUUGAUGAGUUACAGUGAUGCGAUGAAAGACAGUGUUCCGUGAACAGUUACAACGAUUUAUAAAAGAAGAAAUUUUACUAAAAAAAAACUAUUGAUCCGGGAAUCAGACAGGAUUCGGACCUGCGUCUUCCAGCAUCCGGGCAGUCGCACUUACUAACUAUGCUACCGAAACCUUAAGUUAUGACCAUGCCGGAAGGUGCAGGUUUGAAUCCUGCCUUAUGCGUCUAUUAGUCAGCAGUGGGAUGGCAACAAUGCAAAAGGCUUGUGAUGAAAGUACAAAGACCAUUAAACUUAGAAUGAACGCGAAAUCUUGAAAUUCCUAACUAGAAGGACGUUUUGCUGACCAACUUUCGUACUCAGAUGCCUCUUGAAUUUUUUUUUAAAGAAUGUCCUUCUUUAACGUCGUAAUACAUAAUAGUUCUCUUAAUUUUUCUAAGUAGACGAGGAAUAACACCCGAGGAUAAUUGUCUUUCUUUGCACUGUGAUUCUGACGUAAAUAUUUGCUGCUACACUUGUUCAUGUUCUAUAGUACAUUAAAAGCGGCAAAUAUGUGUAAAAUAUAUUGAAAAAUGUACACAGUAGAAGGGAUUCAAAGUGUAUAUCAUUUUUGAACAUAAUAUACUUCGUAUGUUAAUCAACUGAAGUUAUUGUUAAAUAUGUAUAGACAAUCAAAGAUAAGCAAAUUUAUGCCUUAUAACAAUAUAUGUUGCGUUUUGGACGCGAUGCAUCAAUUAUGCGUAAAACGGUGCAUUGUUUACCUAGAUAUUUUGAAUCUUUUACUGAAACUUACAGAGAAUACUUAUAUUCGAGCAGAUAAAUUUGUAAUUUAAUGUUUUUACUAUAUCUUAUAAGUACAUAAGAUCUCUCCUACUUCAUAAUAUGUACUAAACUAUAAAUUCCGUCUUAAUUAUCUGUCUAUACUAUAAUGUUAUACGUAGAUGUUAGGUAUAUUGUAUACAUAUAUAAUAUACCUAACAUCUACGCAUAACUUUGUAUUCAUUUUGGAAAAUAUAUUCACAUGUAUAAUGUCCGCUUCAAAUAGUUACUAGCCCACCUAGAAAUAUUAAAACAUUUUGUGAUCAUUCACAGAUUAGAAAAACAGAUAUUUUUUCAUUAUAUAGUGCUCAUUGUUAUUUAUAAUAUAAGUAGUGAGGUUGUAAACAUUUGUCAAGUAAAAUAGGCAAAUUUUUGUGUAUUACGUGCUUAAAAACAACUGACUACCUACUUUAAAAAACUUAAACUUUUUAGACAUAAAAGCGAUAGUUGCGUGUUUAAAAUUCUAACAGCCGUAUUCAGAAACGUCAGCGAUAGUCGAAUGCAGCUAAUCUCCGAAUUACCAUCCAGAAGGAGAUUUGCUUCAAAUAUCACCUUUAAGGUUUUAACUGACAUAAUCAAAGUCUUUGUUUUUAUAGUCACUUAAAGAAAAAGCUCGUUAUUAUAAAAUAUUCUCGGAAAAAUAAAUCUUGAUGUGGUGAAUAAAUUAAAGGAACAGUCUGACCACAGAACAAAAAACAAAGAGUAGAAGUAAAAGUAUGGUAGGUAGUCACCCGCAUAACCUCGGAUAUGCGAAGCUUAGCAUAUAGCUUAGCUAGUACUUACGCGGCAGUUGCAAUAGGGUAUUUGACAAGUUUUAGAUAACGAUCUCACGUUAUUGACUGAUGUUUAUGGAGUCCGUAAAAAGUGGAUAUUCAUCAUUCUGUUGUAUAUUUCAGUAAAAAUAACCAAAUCAAAAACACCAUUUUCAAGUUGCCGCGAAAACGUAUUUCUGGACAAUAUGGCGUCUUACUAGUCCUCCGCUCCGCCAAUCCCAAGCGUUUUGGGUCACGUGGCAAUAGAUAAGAAAACUAUUAUCUUUUUCGUGGGUUUUUAGUAAAAUUAUGAAUAUUUUUUUGUAAAAAUAGUAAAAACCCCUGCGAAUAUUCAUUCUAAACAAAUGCUAACAAUUGGCACUUUAUUUUUAAUACUGUCAAAUAGGUACCCUAUUGAGAUACUGAGACGAACGUAUAGCGAAACAAAAUAGAAAUAAGCCUAAUUGUUCUAUACUUCAGAGCAAAAACCUCAGCCACAAGCAUAAUGUAUCCAAUGGAGGCAUAAAAUACCGCCGAUACGUAUUAUUUUAAUAUUUUUUACUGUAAUUCAAAAAUUUCGUUGCCAUUUGCAUGAUGAAGAACAUCUAGCGUCGUGUAGAAACACUAGAAUAAAUUAGUUUUAAAGUUAUUCCAGUGUUUCUACUCGACGCUAGAUGGCGAACUUUAUAUUAGUUUUCGUUUUAGUGUUAAAUUGUUCGAGAAGUAAGGUUGAAUUUGAAUCGUCAAAAAAUGUGACUUAUGCUUAUUUGCUUCUAUGGAUUGUCUUUUUUGAGCAAUCUUAACCUUUGGUUGUGUUAUGUGUACUAUUCAGUUAGAGGUGUAGCUUUAAUUUUGAAUGUGUGUGUUUUGGUUACAUUGGUUCUGGUACUAAAACAAUAUGAUGCUACUUCUACUCUUUUUUCUGUUCUGUGAGUCUGACGGUAAAUUAUUGCAAAUUGUAUAACACACUUAUAUUAUUCAACCUUGUCGUAUACAUUUAAAUAUGCGAGUACUACUCAAUUUUAUUGAGCAAACGUAAUAUUACUGCAGGCGAAUCUGUUCUCUGAAUAGAAACUAAAAUUAAACGAGUUUAGUCAAACAUUCAAAUAAAGUAAUAAAUGUACUUUUGAUCUUAUUAAAAUAAAAACUCUUUUUUUUUAAGAGUUAUAAACUGACAUUUCGGUAUCAAUAUCAGUGAAUCAAUUAAAGAAUGGGAUUGAAAAUGGCGGCAAUACAUAGAAAUUAACCGCGGUCUAGAAAGAGAGAAAGCGCUUGCGCGGCCAACUACUGGCCACAAGGCGCUGCGAAUUGUUGGCAUCUGUCUUUAGCAGCUUAUUAUUACUGACUACAGGUUUUACAAUUUUUCAAAAAUAUUAUUGGUAAUUUUACUGAAAAGACCACAAAAUAUAAAUUGACUUUCAUCUAUAUUAUUGUCACGUGAACGCUAAUACCUGGGAUUGGCGGAGGCUAAAAUGACGUCACAAAUAGGUAAACUUAAUGACAACCGCGUGACACCUCACACAGGUAAACACUGGCGUGUUAUAACGUAGUGGUAUAACCCGCCGAAACGCUUCAGAAGCAUAUCUGAAAGUAGUAUUUUUGAUUUCGCUUUUUAAUACACAACAGGAUGAUAAUAACCCAUUUUUAUGGAGUCUAUAAACACUAAUAAAUAAAGUAAGAUCAUUUUAAAAAGUUGCCAAAUACCUGUAUCGUUUCUUUCACAUCCCUUAUUUUAAGUACGUUUACCUGCUGCCAGAUAGAAAAACGCUCAGUCCAUUUUCUAAACAGAGAAAAACAGAGCACUGGUUCGUACAUAAAUAAUAUGCUAAUGAGGGGUAAAUAGGAACGCCGCCACCUUCAAUUCUAUUCUUUGACACUUAUCUGCCCCCCCUAGCGUACGAGCAUCGGGGUAUGCUAUACAGGGCUGCGUUCAGGAACUACGUUCUGAGCGCAACUUUUUACCCAAAGGCCGUUCAGAAACAUGGAGUGACAGUUGAUUUGACAGAUGGUUGUCGUAACUUGGUCGUUCCGAACCUCAGACAGAGUGUUUUUUUAACCCAAGUUGCAUUAUCUAAUACUUCCCUUGCUCGUUUUUAUCACUUAUAAUUGUCAAAUUACUAUGAAGUUUGACAGUUAAACGCGUUAAAAACCUUAUAUAAUUUUGAUUGUGGUGCUCAUGCUACGAGGACUGUAUCUCGACAGUGGAUAUCUGGAUAUGAGUUUUAUCUUUGUACAGACAGUCACAGGUCAAGUUUUCCCAAAACUGUUACUCCAACUGAAUUUGAGAUUUAUGUCGCUUCAUUUACGAUUCAUAAUCGAUUGAGAAAAUUUGAUAUUAUUUGUUAACUUGGUCUGUAACUAACAGUACUGAUCAAGUACAUUCUUUGGUAGAGGUCUAAUAUUUUUUAGUUAUAUAAUCAGUUAAAGAUACCCUGGAGAUGCUAUUUGUAUGGUAAAUACAUUGUCUGUCGUGGCGACACGAACGCUACUGACAUCUAAUCAUUAUUUCUAUUCAUUUGAACGAAUAGCCGCAAACUGGUUUCACACUUUAGGGCCUGCGUUGCCUUAAGCGGUGUCCGUCGCGGAAACCCGCUCCGUUCGUCGUCGAGGACAAUUUUAACCCGUCUCAGGAUCCUCAACGGACUCCCGCCUCUCGCAGCGCCGCCAGUACAAUUUCGAUCGCGUGGGUAAAAGUCUUUAAUGAAUUCUUUUUGUUGAUAUCUAAUACUAACUAGUGAAAAGACAACGCAGAUAAGAGCACAGAUGAUUGCCAACCGAACGUGCCCCAUCGCUCGCGGUAGGCUCCCGUCGCACGCAGCGCUGUUAUAUAACUAAAUAACCAAAAAUAAAACCGACUUCAAAAUCAAAUUCGAUAUUGAAGUCGGUUUUAUUUUUUGUUUAAAAUUUUCUUAUUUCAUCCAUUUUAGUGAAAAUUACAUCGUCCAAGUAAACAAUAACACAAUUGACGGAGAAAUCGGUGAACAUGCAAAAAAAAAACAUCGCGCGUACCUUUGAAAUUUGAAGGUUUCCUUCGGUUUCCCCGGAUUCCACCAUCAGAUCCUGACUUAGUUCCAAAAGAACCACCCAGAAGUGCACUCUUUCGAAAAAAAUGGUUGCCUGUAAAGUCGGUUUUACGGGCGAAGAUUUUACGUGACAACGUCUUUUUCUCGGUAGAAUAUUUAUUGAUAUGAAUAUAAUUAAAUUGCACAAUAGGAACAAGGAAUUGAAUGAAAAUAAGAAUUGCACAAAUUUUAACUAUAGAAAUAUAUUUUGUUUACUAAAACAUUGUACAUGUAAACUUAAACUUAACACGAGAGACUCAUCGUAACGUUACCGAGCGUUACACUUUUUCAUAAGUGACUCCCAGCCGCAACCUAAUUUAAGACGUUGUCACGUCAAAAAAAAAAAUUUUGGAAAUCGGUCCACAAUUGACGGGGAAAUCGGUGAACAUACAUUAAAAAAAAUAUACAGUCGAACAUAGAACCUCCUCCUUUUUUGAAGUCGGUUAAAAAUGACAUGAAACAGCACGCGGGGCGAACGUCCGCUUCGUGCAUCACAGGCCGGCCCUUAGACUAUUUUCUAAUUAUUUUUUGUCUUACUUUAUUCUUCAUAUCAGUAUUCAAGUAAUAAAACUUAAAGUACAGCCAAAGCAACUAAGCAUGCAAAAAAUCAUAGAUCUGUGUCACAUAAGAUUAUACACCAUGCAGUUGUCCUCUUUUUAAUUAUAAUUAUCUUGUAAAUAUUACUGAUUUUGUGUUGCGUAGUUGCAUACAUUCUUAUUCUGUAAGUUUAUAUAUAUUACGGCUAAUAGCCGAAGUACGGCUACAACUAGGAGCUGCCCGCCACAUGCGGUUAAACUUAGGUGUAUCCUACUUAU